AUGGAAGAGUUGUGGAACCAAAGAGGGCCGUCUCAAGAUUCUCAAAGACCUGGUACCCACUUAACUGUGAAAAAGUUUUUUGUUGGUGGCAUUAAAACAGACACUGAAGAACAUCACCUAAGAGAUUAUUUUGAACAGUAUGGGAAAAUCGAAGUGAUUGAAAUCAUGACUGACCAAGGCAGUGGCAAAAAGAGAGGCUUUGCUUUUGUAACCUUUGAUGACCAUGACUCCGUAGACAAGAUUGUCAUUCAGAAAUACCACACUGUGAAUGGCCACAACUGUGAAGUAAGGAAAGCCCUAUCUAAGCAAGAGAUGGCUAGUGCUUCAUCCAGCCAAAGAGAUCACAGUGGUUCUGGAAACUUUGCUGGUGGUCGCAGAUGUGGUUUUGGUGGGAGUGACAACUUUGGUCGUGGAGGAAACUUCAGUGGUCGAGGUGGCUUUGGUGGCAGCCGAGGUGGUGGUGGAUAUGGUGGCAGCAGGAUGGCUGUAAUGGAUUUGGUAAUGAUGGAAGCAAUUUUGGAGGUGGUGGAAGCUACAGUGACUUUGGCAAUUACAACAAUCAAUCUUCAAAUUUUGGACCCACCCACAAAAGGAGGAAACUUUGGAGGCACAAGUUCUGGCCCCUGUGGUGGUGGAAGCCAAUACUUUGCCAAACCAUGA